AUGAAAUCAUUGCUUAAAGGUAGUAUCUUUACGGAUUUGUGCAAACGUAGCACAAACGUGGUGGCAACGUCAAAUAAAAAACAGGCACCUGUAGAAUCCAUAUUUGAGCCGAUAUUACCUGAAGUGCGCCGGAAAAUUUUGUUCACCAGUAAUCAAUCAUGCAAGAGUUGUUUUGGUGGAAAAAUGAAGAUGCGCAGCGGACUAGGAGUGUCCUCAAGUUUCAUAAGAAGUGCGCAUACUGAUAUCAGAGUUCCAGACUUUUCUGAAUAUCGACAUACUGCAACAAAAAAUCCUAAAGUUAGGAGUUCGGACUCGGCUCAAAGUAGAAGAGGGUACACUUAUUUGCUAACAGCAAGUACAGCGGUAAUUGGUUUAUACUGUGCAAAAGCUGUUGUACAUGAUCUGGUGUUGUCAAUGUCAGCUUCAGCAGAUGUUUUAGCAAUGGCCAAAAUAGAAAUUAAGCUGUCCGAAAUACCUGAAGGAAAAUCGGUAACGUUCAAGUGGCGUGGAAAACCGCUUUUUGUUAGGCAUAGGACGCAGUCUGAAGUAGACAUCGUGAAUGCAGUUCCACUGAGCAUUUUGCGCCAUCCUCAGAUGGAUAGCGAACGAACUCAGAAACCAGCCUGGUUGAUUGUUAUUGGAGUGUGCACUCAUCUUGGUUGCGUACCAAUAGCAAAUGCUGGGGACUUUGGAGGGUAUUAUUGUCCUUGUCACGGCUCGCAUUUCGACGCUUCGGGCAGGGUCAGGAAAGGACCAGCUCCACUCAAUUUAGAAGUGCCGCCAUACACAUUUCCCGAAGAAAAUGUCGUGGUUGUCGGUUAA